CAACGUCACCUCACCCUCGACUGUUUCUUACCAUCCGAUCGAAAUCAAAGGUCCGCUCAUCCGAUGGCUGAAAACGAAUCAAAAGGGCGCAAGAUCCUCGUAGCCGUUGAUGAAGGCGAAGAGAGCAUGUACGCUUUAUCAUGGUGCCUCGGCAACAUCACUAUCCAAAAUUCCAAGGACACCAUCGUCCUCCUUUACGCCAAGCCUCCUCUGGCAGUCUACUCAGGUCUGGAUGGAACUGCUGGCAUGGGAGUGCAUUUGUUUUCUUCCAAUAUAAUGUUGACUAUGGAGAGCUAUAGAAAUGAGGUGGCCCAAGGAGUGAUGCAGAAAGCCAAAAACCUCUGCUGGCAGCAUAGUGACAUUAAGGUGGAGACUAUGAUAGAGAAUGGGGACGCAAGGGAUGUGAUAUGCGGAGCGGCAGAGAAGUUGGGCGUUGACAUGCUGGUCAUGGGAAGCCACGGCUACGGGUUGAUCAAAAGGGCCUUUCUUGGGAGCGUGAGUAAUCAUUGUGCACAGAAUGUCAAGUGUCCGGUCCUGAUUGUAAAGAGGCCCAAAUCGACGGCUGAGAAUAAAUGAUAUGCGAAACUUUGAAUUCUCUAUUUUCUUUUUUUUUGAUGAGAAUAAAUGUAAAGAGGCCCAAACCCUUGUAAAAAUCUCUUCUUCUUUUUUCUUUUUUACUUUUUUUUUUUGUUUAAUUUCAUGUUCCCAACAUCUGAAAAGAACUUGUGUAUGUAUAUAAAGUUUAUUAAAUAUAAAUAUUUAUUGAGGCAAAA